UUUGUGGACUCAUCAAAGAGGCAGCGUUUUGUGUUUGUGAGCCAAAAUGCUUGGUAGAAGACCCAGGAAAACCCCCCAACAAAAGGGUCAGGGAGCCGCUGCUGCAAAGCAGCUGGGACUUUUUCUGGAUUUCAAUCCCGAAGAGAUGAUGCGAGAAAUGGAGGGUGAUGGUGAUGACGGGGACCUAGAAGCAGAACUGGCAGCUAUCACAGGAGAGAACAUGUCAGCUGGGAAGAUGAAGCCUAAAGGAAAGACUCCUCUGCCUAUGGAUCAUAUUGAAAAGAUGGCGGCAGAUUGUAUGAAGGACCUGAAUGAUGAUGACGAUGACAAUGAUGAUGAGCUAGAGGAAGACAAUGAUCUUUUGUCAGAGUUGCAGGAGGUCCUAGGAGAGGGAGGAGGAGGAAGCUCUGAACAUGAGACAGAAACCAUAGAUGUGUCUCCUGUGGCCACAGACCAACUUACUGAACCACAGACACAGAUUUCUUCUGCUUCCAGUGAAUUGCAGCACGCAAUAGAAGAAAGGAUAACUAACUACAAGGCAGCGAUAAUGAAUGGAAAGAAGGCGGGGGAGAGUGCCAAAGUACGGCGGUAUGAGCGAGGCCUUAAGACUUUGGAAACAAUGCUGGCUGCUGUGAAGAAGGGCCAGAAAGUGAAUGAGGAAGAGAUGCCACCACCAGUUGCAUCUGGGAAGAGCUCUGCAGCCAUGCUGCAAGCCACACGUGAUUUGUCUAAAAGCUCGGAUCAAGAUAAAGUAACCGUCCCUGAGGAGGACCAGAAGGAACAAAUCUCUGCUGCAGACCAUGAAUUAAAGAACCCCAGUGGUACAGAGUUGUCUGUGAGCAAAACUGCCCUCCAGGGCCAGAAUGGAGAUGAAAGUGCUACAGGAACAGGAACCACUUUUGAAAACAAUUCGCCCAACCUUUGUAUGAGAACACUACUUGUGACAAGAGAGAAGGAAUAUAAAUUAGCUGCACUGAGAGCCAAGCAGGAAGGUGAUCUUGAGAAGGCUAAAGAAUACAUGAGAAAUGGAAAGAAAUUCAGUAUGGUUCUAGAAGCAUUGGAUAGUGGACAGCCAAUAGAUCUUAAGGAUAUGCCUCCAGCUCCACCUGACCUUGAAAGUCCAGAAAAAAUGUGCAUUCCCCCUAAACCAGUCCCAUCUGAACCUGUGGAAGCUUCCCAGCCUCUGACAACACAAGAGGUCCAAAGUAAGGAAACUUCAGGUUCUGUGCAGCAGCCAAAAACAAUCCUAGAAGCUUUGCAGCAGAGGCUGGAAAAAUACAAAGCAGCAGCAGCUCAAGCCAAAGCUAGUGGAGCUGAUCGGAAAAGCAGAAUGCACGAGAGAAUAGCUAAGCAAUACCAAGAUGCUAUAAGAGCCUAUAAAGCAGGAAGAAAAGUGGUUUUUUCUGAACUACCAGUUCCCCCUGGAUUCCCUCCAAUUCCUGGAGUGGCUCCCGAAGGUGACAGUACGGUGGCUGCAGUGCUGGAAAGUGCAAGUAGGAUGGUUAAAAUGGAGGAGGAGGAAGAGGACAAAGAUGAUGAUGAGGGUGAGCUUUCCACACAGGUGCCAGCUGCCAAGAAGCCCACUCAGGUGCCUAAGAAACCAGUGCUAGUUGUUCAGCCAAUGGUGCCAUCUGCUGUAACCCAGGAAGAGACCUUUCAGGAGAAAGACAUUUCUCGACCAUCCCCUGUAACAGCACCAGAGAAAUCUGCAUCCACUGAGAAUCUCUCUCUGGUCGAUAGGGAACAUAUUGACUUUCUAGAGAGUAGAAGGAAGCAAUACUUAAAGGCUGCGAUCCAAGCAAAGAAGAGGAACGAUCUUGAACAAGCCAAAGUGUAUCUGAGAACAGCCAAGAGCUUUGACCCAAAGAUUGAGCUGGCAAAAAAUGGCAAGUUGGUCGACAUUUCCAAGCUGCCUUCCCCUCCUACAGAUGAUGAGGGUGACUUUAUUUUUAUACAUCAUGAGGAUGUCAGACUCUCUCAGAAAGCUGAAGAAGUGUACAUUCAGCUCAUCAAGCUGCUGAAAGACCAGCAUGAGAAAUGUCUGCAAUAUUCCAAGCAGUUCAUGCAUCUGGGAAAUGUAACCGAAACUUCCCGGUUUGAAAAGCUGGCUCAGAAUUGCAAAAAAGAUCUGGACAUCUUACAGCUUGCACAAGCCCAGGGACUGGAUCCCCCGAGCCAUCACUUUGAAGAGAGAACCUUUAAAAUUGUCAGGAUAUUUUCUGAACUCAACAGCACAGAGAUGCAUCUUAUAAUCGUCAGAGGAAUAAAUCUACCAGCUCCACCAGGUGUGGCACCAGAUGACCUGGAUGCAUUUGUAAAAUUUGAAUUUCAUUAUCCUAACACAGAGCAAGCUCAGAAAAGUAAAACAUCUGUGAUUAAAAACACGAAUUGUCCAGAAUAUAAUCAGUUGUUCAAGUUGAACAUUAACCGAAAUCACCGAGGUUUCCGAAGAGCAAUUCAGGCCAAAGGCAUUAAAUUUGAAGUUUUUCACAAAGGGUCCCUUUUCAGGAGUGACAAGCAAGUUGGAAUAGCACACUUGAAAUUGGACAAACUGGAAUCAGAAUGUGAAAUCAGAGAAAUAAUUGAGGUUUUGGAUGGCAGGAAGUCCACUGGAGGAAAACUAGAAGUGAAAGUGCGACUCAGAGAGCCGCUUAGUGGACAAGAUCUUCAAACAAUUACAGAAAACUGGCUAGUCCUUGAACACUAGUUCCAUCGAAGGUUCAGAAAUGUUAAAAGCUGCAGAAUGGACUGAGUACACACAGAGCUUCUACAAGCACCAAAGAUGUUCAAUGAAUGCACUACUGAACAUAACAUCUAUUUUCAUAACUAUCAUAUAGUAUGAUAAACUUUGGUAAACUUUGUAAGUCUAUUACCAGGAAGGAAGGUACUAGAGAUAAUGGGUUGUGGCUAGUGGAAAA